UAGAUUGGGGGGCGGUAGGAAUGGGUGUGGUUUCUUGAUUUUUUUUUUUUUUCGGUUUCUUGAUUUUUUUUUUUAUUAGCGACCUUCGUUGUUGUGCUUCCUGACUCUUCUAGGUGCUCUCACUUCCCGUGUUUUUGUAGCAGAAGAGCAUGCUGCAGCAGCCCCGUUUUCUGGCCGAGAAAGCUGAGCCCCAAGGCGCUUGCUUCCAGGGGGAGCGACUAGUCAUGGCAUCCAUGGGCUCGGGAGCAGGGGUUCAGGGGCUGAUGACCUUUGAAGAGGUGGCCGUGAGCUUCUCUCAGGAAGAGUGGGGGCGCCUUGACUCUGCCCAGCGGGCGCUCUACAGGGACGUCAUGUGGGAGAACUACAGCAACCUGGCUGCUGUGGGAUUCCUGUUUCCGAAGCCUGAACUGAUCUCCCAGCUAGAGCAAGGUGAAGAGCCGUGGGUUGCUGAAGGCCCGAGACCUCCUGAUCCUGAUCUCGGACCAAUUUCCAACCUUUGUGCAGGUGCCACACCUGAAACCCCGCAUGUGCUGAACGAGCGCCGGAAGGCGGGUGACGUCCGGAGCCUCCUGCCCAGUGGGGCCAAGGCCGCCCAGGAGCCGCUGGGCAAGGUUCUCUACUGGCGCACGUCGGAGGGCAAGGAGCUGAUCCGCUGCCCGGCCGCCGCCUGCCAGUGGCCACCGCUUCCUCCCCCGGAGCCGCCCAAGCCGUACCAGUGCCCGCAGUGCGGCAAGGGCUUCAACCACAGCUCCAACUUCCACCGCCACCGGCGCAGCCACAGCGUGGAGAAGCCCUUCCAGUGCCCGCAGUGCAACCAGCGCCUGAGCUGGAGCUCGGACCUGGCGCGCCACCUGCGCACGCACAGCGGCGAGCGGCCCUUCCGGUGCGCGCUGUGUGGCAAGGGCUUCGGCCUGAGCUCCGACUACGCGCGCCACCAGCGCACGCACACGGGCGAGCGGCCCUUCGCGUGCGCCGAGUGCGCGCGCAGCUUCAGCCGCAGCUCGGACCUGGCCACGCACCAGCGAGUGCACACGGGCGAGCGGCCCUUCCGCUGUGCCGACUGCGGCCGCGGCUUCAGCCGGAGCUGGUCGCUGCUCACGCACCAGCGCGUGCACACGGGCGAGCGGCCCUACCGCUGCGGGGACUGCGGCAAGUGCUUCCGCAUCGGGCAGGACCUGGUCAAGCACCGGCGCACCCACACCGGCGAGCGGCCCUACAAGUGCCUCGACUGCCCCAAAUGCUUCAGCCACAGCGCCAACCUCAUCACGCACCGGCGCGUGCACACGGGCGAGAAGCCCUACAAGUGCCCCGCGUGCGACAAGAGCUUCAGCCAGAGCUCGCACCUCAUCAUCCACCAGAGGGCGCACACGGGCGAGCGCCCCUACCACUGCGCCGACUGCAACAAGAGCUUCAGCAGCCGCUCCUACCUGCUGAAGCACUGCCGGGCCCACAACGGCGAGAAACCCUAUGGCUGCUCCGUGUGCGGCAAGCGCUUCAGCCACAAAAACAACCUCAUGACGCACCAGAAAGUGCACCGGGCCGACCGGCAGCCCGGCGGCGCCCCGCGGGGCCUGGCUGAGCCUGGGCCUGGACCCUGA